AUGAACAAGGAUCCUGCAAUUCUUGCCGAUCAGGAAUCUCAUGUGAAUGACGGAGAUGAGAAUCCUGAGCGCGGAAACUGGACCAAUAAGACAGAGUCCAUGCUCUCUAUGAUUGGCUAUGCUGUUGGCCUGGGAAAUAUCUGGAGAUUUCCAUAUCUGGCCUACAAGAAUGGAGGAGGUGCCUUCCUCAUUCCCUAUUUCAUUAUGUUGGUUUUGUGUGGAAUUCCGCUUUUCUUCCUGGAAAACGCCAUUGGUCAGUUUUGUAGCCAAGGCCCAAUCAAUGUGUGGAGAGCAGUGCCAAUACUUCAGGGUGUUGGCUUUUCCAUGCUUGUGGUGAACACACUGUUGUCAGUUUAUUAUGGCAUCAUUGUCGCCUACAGCCUGUACUACAUGUUUGCCUCCUUCCAGUCUCCUCUGCCCUGGUCCAGCUGCUUCAGCUGGGCUGACAGUAACUGCAGCAACACGCCUACAGUGUAUUGCAAUCUAAGUGGUAUUUUAGUGGCCAACUGGACUCAGCAAAACAGCACUUGUCCUUCAUCCAACAUGAUCACAGUUCCAGUGCAGAGCCUGAGCGAACAAUACUGGGACCGUGUGGCUCUGCAGAGAUCCAGUGGUCUUGAUGAAACAGGACCAGUGGUUUGGCACUUGGCCCUCUGUCUGCUGCUCAACUUUAUGAUUGUUGCUGCAGCCCUCAUCAAAGGCAUCAAGUCAUCAGGCAAAGUUGUGUAUUUCACAACUACAUUUCCCUAUGUGGUGAUUCUGAUCCUGCUGAUCAGAGGUGUGACACUAGAGGGAGCCAGAGAUGGUUUAGAGUUCUUCAUUGGUUCCAAGUCUAAUUUGAGUAAACUGGCUGAUGGAAAGGUCUGGAAAGAUGCAGCAGCUCAGACUUUUUAUUCCUUAUCCAUUGCUUCGGGUGGACUUUUGACUCUUGCAUCCUAUAGCAACUUCAACAACAACAUCCUGCUGGACUCAGUAUUUAUAACCUUCAUUAACCAUGGUACCAGUGUGUUUGCAGGCAUUGCCAUCUUUUCAAUUCUGGGCCAUAUGGCUCAUGUUUAUGGAAAGCCUGUUGGAGCAGUGGUGAAGGACGGAUUUGGCCUGGCAUUUAUUGUGUAUCCAGAUGCCAUGAAUAAGCUUCCCAUUUCCACUUUCUGGUCCAUUCUGUUUUUUUUUAUGCUCUUCAUAGUUGGCCUGGACUCUCAGUUUACACAAUUAGAGGUGAUCAUCACCUGCCUGUGUGAUGCCUUCCCUGAAAUAUUCAAAUCUAAACGUGCUUUAGUGACUGUAGCGACAUGUUCAGUCAUCUACCUCCUGGACCUGCCAUGUGUCACAAGGGCAGGAAUAUACUGGGUCACUCUAAUCGACCAUUUUACUACCAGCUGGGCGCUCCUUAUUUUGGCUCUCAUGGAAAUCUUUGGCUUCAUCUACAUAUAUGGAGGAAAACGUUUCAUUGAAGACAUUGAGAUGAUGAUUGGAAAAAAGAGCUUUGGUUUCUGGCUGUGGUGGAGAGCAUGCUGGUUCUUCUUCAGCCCCUGCAUUAUUUUGGUGGUUCUGGUCUGGUCUUUCAUAACCCUUGUGCCCCCCACCUAUGGCAGCAUUGAGUACCCAUCUUGGGGCUUGGCACUGGGAUGGUGCAUGUUUGCGUUCAUGCUAAUAUGGAUCCCUGUUGUUGCUGUGUAUAAGCUGAUGAGAGCUGAGGAAAGCCCCUGGAAGCGUCUGAAAUCACUGUGUUCUCCCUCUGAGAAAUGGCAUCCCUAUCUGGACAUUUAUCGAGGAGAACGCUACUCUGAAGAACGGUGUCGUCGAAAAAGAGUUGUGUCAACAAACGACAAGCAAAUGUAAAUGCAACUUCCAGUCCAUGGCACUGAUCUGACUACUAAUAUAUUCUGAUAUAUUAGAUAUAUGUUUACUUCCCACUGGUUAAUCAAGUAAGGUGAUGAUUCAAGUUAUGUCAGUGAUACAGAAGGAACAGAGUUGAACCAAAAGCCAAAUUAAAUGUUACAAGUCUUUCGUGUGCUUUCAAUGCGUUUACACACGUACAUGUUUGUCUUUUUGGGAGCGGUAGAGCAGUCAUUCACCAGCUGGAAGGUCAGUGGUUUAGUCCCUGGCCCCUGCAGUCUACAUUUCAAAGUGUCCUUAGGCAAGAUACUGAACCCUAAAUUGCUCCUCAUGGGUCUUUCAUUGGUGUGUGAGU